GCGCGGGGGCUCGGGGCGGCGCGGGCUCCGCUUCCUCCUCCUCCUCCUCCGCGGCGGAGACGGGCAGAUGCGGCGGAUCCUGGGGCGGCUCUCGGCCGCAGCGGGCUCCCGUCCCCCCGCCGCCCCCAUGGACGGCAGCGGGGGCAGCAGGCGCGCGUAGCUCGGAAGGCAUGCCCCAAACGCUGAGUUCUACCAGUAUGUUUACCCCGUGUGGCUUCAGCCCUCAUCUACAUACUUCAAAAGAAGAUGAACAAGGAGGACUGAUCUUCCAGGAUGGAAACCUUACCUCAGCAUCUCUGGAUGCUCUAAUCCAGCAUCUGAUACCUACCACUGAUUACUACCCUGAAAAAGCCUAUAUCUUUACAUUCCUGCUGAGUUCCAGACUCUUCAUUGAACCCCAUGAGCUUUUGUCCCGAGUUUGUCACAAGUGCAUUGAGCAGCAGCGGCUGGAUGACCCUGUGCUGGACAAGGCACGGAUCAGAAAAUUUGGGCCCAAAAUCUUACAGUUGCUGACAGAGUGGACAGAGACAUUCCCGUAUGACUUUCAGGAAGAGCGGAUGAUUGCCCAUCUGAAAGACAUGAUUCACAGGAUAGCCCCAUGUGAUGAGGCCUACUGGAAAAAGAUGAAUCAGCUUUUGCAAACCCUGAAUCAGAAGCUUGCAACCCUCAGCCGUGGGCAAGAAGGGAUUGUCAAGAUCAGUCCUGCUGUCUCUGAUAAGCUGGUUGCCUUUAAAAGUAAACCUCCAUCCAUUCAGAGAGAAAUCCUGAGUGUCUGCAGUGACCCCUACACUCUGGCUCAGCAGCUGACACAUGUGGAGCUGGAAAGGCUAAGUCACAUUGGACCUGAGGAGUUUGUGCAGGCAUUUGUACAUAAAGACCCUCUGGAUGGUACGAAGACUUGUUUCAGUGAGCAGAAGAAGACGAGUAACCUUGAGGCCUACGUGAAAUGGUUCAAUAGACUCUGCUAUCUUGUAGCAACAGAAAUUUGCAUGCCUGCAAAAAAAAAACAGCGAGCACAAGUCAUCGAAUUCUUCAUUGACGUUGCCCGAGAGUGCUUCAACAUUGGGAAUUUUAACUCCCUGAUGGCCAUCAUUUCUGGAAUGAACAUGAGUCCAGUUUCCAGGCUAAAGAAGACUUGGUCAAAAGUGAAAACAGCCAAAUUUUUCAUUCUUGAGCACCAGAUGGACCCUACUGGAAACUUCUACAACUACAGAACAGCACUGCGGGGGGCUGCUCACAGAUCCCUCACCGCACACAGCAACAGGGAGAAGAUUGUGAUCCCCUUCUUCAGCCUGUUGAUCAAAGACAUUUAUUUUCUGAACGAGGGAUGUGCUAAUCGCCUUCCAAACGGACACGUCAACUUUGAAAAAUUUCUGGAACUGGCCAAGCAAGUGGGAGAAUUUAUAACGUGGAAGCAAGUGGAAUGUCCCUUUGAACAAGACCCUAACAUCAUCCACUACUUACAUACUGCUCCCAUUUUUACUGAAGAUGGUUUGUAUCUGGCUUCCUAUGAGAGUGAAAGUCCAGAAAACCAGACAGAAAAAGACAGGUGGAAAUCCUUAAGAUCCACUAUUUUAGGAAAGACUUGAAGAUUAAGAGAUUAUUGGAGUAGGUCAAGGAAAAGAAAUCCGCAGACAUUUUGCACUACUGAUUCCAAAGAUGCCUGUUUGGGAUUUAGACGAUUUCUUUUGUUUGAGUUUGUUGUUGGGUUUUUUGACUGCCUAACGUGCUGGGUGAACUGGAUUCAUCCACUGAAAUCAACUGAACUGUGCACAAUGACACUCUUCUAACUAUGAGACAGAGAGAGGAAGGACAAACAGACUGUUUGUGGCUGUGCCCAAACUGCGUCAGGAUCACUGCAGCUUUUGCCUCUGAAGGAAAACGAGAGAAUCGGGAGCAUGGAGAACCAUGGUGCUGCAGAGGAGAAUGGAAAACUAUGAAAAAAAUAUACAUGAACAUUUCAGAAGCAGGUGCUUCAGACAGCAGCUCUUUAAACCCUCUGAGGAUUGUAAAGUUAAAUCAAACACAGACACAGCAGCAAUCUGGUUAAUUGCUGAAUGAAGAAAGAACUUACUCUUCCAUUAGCAGUCCCCCAGCCUUGUUGAACAAAGCACUGACUGCUACAGGUAUAAGCUUUCAGCAGAUGAAAACUGACACUGUUCACUCAUCUGUACACGUGUGUCACACACAGACCAACCACAUCAGCAUGGGGCACUCCGAUGAACCCCAUGAAUUUUUACAGAGAACAAUCCCAAGUCUGACUAUUGCUUCGUUUUUCCUCCCACCACUGUUGUUGCAUUUCUUACUGUGAAUCUUGGCAGACCUGAGGAGGGCAGAGUGUAGAUGGUGUUGCUUAAAGGUGCCACCACCACCACAUCUAAAGCUGAACUGAAGAAGCAAAUGGCUCCAGACUCAGCUUACCUCUAUUUAAUGUAUGUAGUGUAUUUCCUAGUUUUGUUGAUGCCAAGUUGCAUCUUCUGGGGUGUUUUAUCACACUUAAAGAAGAAAGAUCCUGCAUUACCAUUUGAAAAAAAAAAAAAUCCAUCAGGAUCCAAUGGAUACAGCACUGUUUGUCUUGCAACAUGAUUCUAAGAGGGUAAGAAGUGGGGAAGUGGGGGUAAUUGCUCUGAAUUUGGGAACUAUGUGGUUUGCUUUAAAAAGACAAAGGGUUUCAGACUAGAAUGAAUGCACUAAGGAUUUGUCUUUCAUGAGCAGAUAAUUGUUCUUCUCUUUUAUUUUUAGAAUCUGAACCAUAUUCAUAAUUUCCUUACAGAUACUACGAAGUAGGGACUAUGUCUUGUGAUUAAAGCUGUACAAUAAUCAAGGUGCUACUGUAACACAUAUAUUAAAUGAUAGUGAACUAUAUGGAUAUUAGAUUCAAAACUAAGCCCUAGCAGUAGACUAAUGGUUUGUAUGUGCAAGGAAUGUUCCUACCUGCCCCACAAAAGCUCUCAAAAAGCUUAAAUGAAACCUAAAUGCCACAUGAUACUGAACUUCACAUUUUAAUACUGACAUGAUGUUGGCCUUUUCAGAUGUUCCAGUCUGUCUACAAAGCAGGAUGUAACCCUUUGAGAUCAGUAAUAUUUUUAUUUCAAUACUGACUGAUUCCAAGUGGCUGUAGUGUUUUGAAAAAUUAGACUAAUUUUAGACUAAACCUGGCUGUGUUGACCUCUGCGUUUAGCCAGAUCACUGGAACUGUUCCUGCCCUCUGCCAGGCCUCAGAAGUUCUCCGUGCCUGAGGGAGGUGCUGAAAUGGGAGGCAGUGGUGAGCUAGUGUCUAAGGGCAGCCCUGACAAUUGAGCUGAUGGGAGUACAGCAGCCUGAGAUGUGCUUUAUGUGAUGCACUAAAAGCCUGUAGAGUCUGCACUGCAGUUCUUAUGUUGGGUUUUCGGCUGUGGAAACCUGUGCAGUCAUGGCCACCUGGAAUCCACUGCUCUUGCAAAUCCCCAGAUGAGGAGUACAGCCCCUGCCAGAUUUGCAUAGGAAGGGGCUGAGGCAGAACUUGGAUUCUCCUCUUCAUACAGGUCUGUCAGUGCAGGAAUUCAAGCAGGGGGAACAUUAUAAUGUUUACUCAAGCUCUGUAUGGAAGAACUAAAUGUAAGGAUAAUACAUCAUUCCAGCCAGGGAAUGGUCACUAUGCUGGUGAUACUGUUAACAUGUUGUUUAAUUUUUGUAUGAGUUGAGAGCUAUACAGACAUGUACACAAAGCCAUUCUUUCAAGCAGAACCAUUUCCAAAAUGAUGCUAUUAAGAGCCUGUUAAAUUCCAACCAAAUCCAGAGCAAUAACCAGAAACAUAUCUACAACAAUGCUAGUGCUUAAGUGUGUUUGCUAAAUGGUCAUUUUUUUUCUUGAUGUCUGCAUCUUUUUAACAGGCACAGUGUGACUUCAUAAUGGAAAUGGUUUUCUUAGUUAUCUGAAAUUAUCAUGCAGUGUAGGUGCAUGGGUCCCUUUCUUAAAACCUGCUUUUAAAAUGCAACUUAAAAUGAGAAGACGGCACUUUUUAAAGACAGACUUCAGGAAUCAUACCUUGUCUUCACAUAAUUUUGUGGCUAAAAUCCUAUUGACUUAAAUAGAAACUAUGUAAAGCCUUAAGUUACAGCUGUCAGUUGUAUUUCUGAUCCAGAUUUGGCCUAGCUAGGGUGUACAGCUCCAGACAGAAUAGUGGUUAGAACCUUGCUUCACCAAAAGGUUUUACAAAGUGCAAGUACAACUGAAAACAAAGGAUGACAAUCUGGGGAAUAGAUUCCUUCAAAAAAUGUAUUAACAUUACAUGAAAAUUAGAAAAAGCACAUCCAAUAAUUGUUUUCUUGAUAUAAAGAACUCCUGCCAUGCUGAAAAGAAAGCAAUAUCACUUAACACCCAGCACUGAGCCACUGUAGGCAUGCAGUGAUUAGGCUGACUUCUAGAUGAGUUCCUAGUAGUAAUGUCAUUGCUUUCUAAUUCCACAUUUUGCUGUGGAUUUGCCUCCCUGGCAGCUGUUUGGACUAAUGCUACACAGAGAACAGAGGAAAACCAGCUAUGGGUUUCAGUAUCAAAACACUAAGUUAGUAAGAUGUGAAUAUGGUAGUUUUUCAGAAGCAGCAGCUUAGCUUCUGUGUAUACAGCAAUAUUUUAAAAAACCCAAAUACAUGAAAUCACUUCUGCACCUCCUCUAGUGUAACCAGAGUGGUAACAAAAGUCCAGUGUUUUCAUUUCUUGGGUGUGCUGCUCUGGAAAGUGCAGCUAGAUAAAAGGCCCAGUGAAAAGGAGGGAACUGUGAAUGCCUUCAGCUUGUCAGGCCAGUAGGUGAACUUGCUCAAUGCCUUUCAAAAAACACUUAAGCAUUGCAAUCCUGUCCUCAAUUUCACAUCAGGAUCAAUCCCAUUACCUAAUGAAGGGUGCGUGGACCUAGGUCUGCUGGGAGUGACUGAAUUUAGAGAGGAAAAAAAACCUCUAGAAAUGAGUCUAGCACACAAGAACCCAGGGCAGCAGAGUGCAGAGCUCAGCAGGUGUGCUAGGCAGCUCGCACAGGCCUGUCACAGCACUGGCUGGGAGCUGCCAUGGGGAUAGAGGACAGGAAGAUCUGGGAGCAAACUGUGAUCCCAGCCACUGCUGAGAUGGCUCUUCAAUAAAAGUGUGGAUACAGCUGCUUGAGCACUUCAAGUAACAAACAAUUUAGGCAUAGAGGUAUUUUUCUCAGCUUGAAAAUAUUUUAUGAUGUGGUCAGUGGUGGAAAGAUAAUCACUUAACAUCAAGCCAGGCCCUUAUUGAUACUGUGGUUGUAGUAAAGUUUUAUUGCAAUAGUUUAUGCACCUUUUAUUAAAGCACGUGAGCACUGGUUUGCACAUGACUGUAAAUCCUGUUUAGAGCAGAGCUCAGAUUGCUGAAUAUGGAAUUGGAGCUAUCAAAAAGAAGACAUGCUAGUAGAAAAAAAUACUGUUCUGCAGAUCAGUGUGAAAAUGUUGCACAGUUACAGUAUCUGGCCUCACAAUGCCUGUGUCCCAUAGAAUGAGACUGAUCCCAGACACAGCAAUGUGCCAGGGGAAAAACUCCAGGUGAUUUUGAUGGGCUUUAGAGCAGUCCUGCCAUUAUAAACUGCAGUGCAGUUUUAAGUUAUUGAUGGGGAUUAAAUUGCAUUGACAACUGGUGUAGUCCCGGCCUUUCUUUCGAGUGUGGUGCAACUCUCAUAUGGGCAGGUUGUAUUUAAUAGGGUGAAGAUCCAUCCAUAGCACAAGUUUUCUUUGAUAUUGUAAAAGUUUCAGCAGCAAAUUCAAGGACUAAAUCUGAUCCAAUUAAUUCAUGUCUGAGAGCAAAAUUUGAGUUUCUGGCUUUAUGAACCUCUUUUUAGACUGGUAGAAAUGAGCCUUACUGUCUCAGGUGUUUCUUUUAUGGGAAAUUAAACCCCCUUUUGUUGUGAAGUUAUUAUUUCCAUUGUUGUAAUUGAAGAAUGGGAAAUGGGGAAAACUCUCUUUGUCACUGCUCGGAGGCUCAACUGUGAGCCAAAGACUUUCUUUUCUUUUGUCCUUUUUAUCGUUAUCUGUUGAGUUAAAUUACCUCAGUAGUUGGUGCUGGGCAUUACUGGGCUGUGGCUGGGGAAGAGCACACACACAUCUGGUGUCCCUAUGGCAGGGGUGUGCAGAGGGGAUGAGAUGAUCCUGUACCAAACUGACAUGCAAAUUCAGCUCUGAGCUGCACUCUUAUGUUUCUGGUGCUGGGGCACACCCCUUCUGGAAAGUCAGAAGUUCUUGGAAAGUUCACUUUCCAAGUAGUAGGCAAAGCCUACUCCUUAUCCAUCCAACAGAAUGACUACAGGAAAAUUCUUGUAACUAAAAGAGGUUCCUCCAGAGGACCUGAAACAGUGAAGAAUUUGUUACUUAGAUGACAGAUUUUCAGAUCUAAGCAACAUGGCAAAACAAAUACUUUCUUAAAUUAUCAUAAAUACCUUGAUGGUGGUUAACUUUCAUAUUUCAUAGCAUGACAGCAGAGUGGAACAAGAUAUCUGUGCAUAUCUUCCUAGGAAUAUCCAUGGCAGCAGGGCAGGCUAAGGCAGGAGAUCAGUGAAAUACUGAUGCAGAAUUGAAUACAUUAAGCUAAUGCUCAUACAAGGCAUCACAUCCUGCAUUUUUCCAUUAUGCAAGAUGUAGAUCAGAAGCUCAUGGCUUGUAUGGGUGGUAUUUCAUAUAAUCUGCACAGGUGCAAGACACUGAAACUCAGGCUACAACCUGAGCUACAGAAGAAAGUCAAGUAUGAGUAACUCUUGUCUAGAUCCCUGCCUUGCACUGUGGCCAGACACAGGCUGGAAUGCUGUAAAUUCAGAGUGGCUGAGACUGCUCCUCCCUUGACGCCUCUCCCCCUACAGAAGCAGUCUUUUGCUCCAUAAGCAGCUCUUGCAAAAUGCUGUAGGAACAUGGGUAAAGACAUCCAAAUUUUAGCUUUACAUUUCUUCUGGUGUAACUCCUGUUUACAACUUUGCUUAGAAAAAUGGGAACUAAAUUAUCAUGUUAGUUUUUCACACAGAAUCAAUCUAGGAAAUAAGUGUGGGUUAAAAGACUGGUGUAUACUGAUCCUGUGAAUUAUAGUAGUGAGCACUGUGCUUCUCCUGUAUCUUUUUCUUUAAAAUAAACAAUUUCAUGUUAAGAUUAGCAUUUUCAGCUCAAGCUGAAAUCCUUCUACCAUCCACAAAACUCAAACCAUGGAGCUUUGAAGUCCUCAGAACAAGUAUUGACACUUUAUUAAUUGCACAGGCAGGAAACAGUAAAGUUACUUGAAAGUGGCUGUAAUGAUGUUGUGACUGUACAUAGACCUUGCAACAUGUUAAUGGUAAAAUGCAUCCUGUACCCCACAUCAACACUGCAAGAAUAGCAUGGUCAUUGUUACUCUUUAUAGCUGUUGUGGAAAAUGUCUUAACUUGCAUUCAUUAUUAUAGUGCCCAUCCUGUUCCCAUGCUUUUUUAUACAGUUGUGGUAAGAUUGUUAUGAAAUCCUUUUGUCAGUCAUGUUCAAGCUAACUUACCUAUGUAUAGAAUUUAUAUAUUAAGCCCCCAUUCCCCCCUAAUUUAUACUGUGUUUUAACAGUUUGCCUGAACUGUCUAUGGUUUCUAAAUUUUGUAAUGUGAGUGUCAAAUAAUAAUAAUUAAAAAAAAGGACUCAUCUGUGUGGA